AUGGCGUUUUGGGAGUCGGAUAAAAAUUCCUCUACGCAAGUAGCCAAGAGUGACUAUGAAUCUCAAAAGUCUUCUUCUCCUGAUAGUGAAAUUGUCGUUCAAGAGGGUGGCAUUCAGGUAAUUGCUCCUGAAACUUCCCGUAGUAUCGGUGUUGUUUCUGCUACUUUUUUGAUUUUCAAUCGUAUGAUUGGUACUGGUAUUUUUGCUACUCCUGGUACAAUCUUUGGACAAUGUGGAUCGGUUGGUUUAACAUUGUUCAUCUGGGUCGUUGGUGCUUUAAUUUCAGCUGCUGGUUUGAUGGUGUACCUCGAAUGGGGAUCUAUGAUUCCCAAGAAUGGUGCUGAAAAGGCUUACUUGGAAUACUUUUAUCGUAAACCUCGUUUGCUGAUGACCUCUUUAUACGGCAGUUACAUGUUUUUCAUGGCAUGGGCUGCUAGUAACUCUAUUGUCUGUGGUCAAUACUUGCUAUUGGCUGGUGGCGUUGAACCCGAUAGAUGGAAUCAACGUGGUGUUGGUCUCGGUUGUAUCACUUUUGCCUUUUUGGUACACGGACUGGCUCUUAAAUGGGGUCUUCGUAUUCAAAAUGUUCUCGGUAUUUUUAAGCUUAUUGUUAUUGUCAUUAUUGUUGUUAUUGGUUGGGUUGCCAUGUCUGGUCGUUUAAACAUUGAACGUACCCAUGCUUUUCACAAUGCCUUUGAGAACACCAAUGCUGAUGCUUAUGGAAUUGUAAAUGCCCUUUACAAUGUCAUGUGGUCGUUUAUUGGUUAUUCCAAUGCCAAUUAUGCUUUGGCCGAGACUAAAAACCCUCAUCGUAUUCUCAAGAUUGCCGCUCCUCUGGCCAUUACUAUUGUUACCAUAUUGUACAUGUUUGUCAACUUGGCAUACUUUGCAGUUGUUCCCCGUGAUCAAAUUCUCAACUCCGGUACUAUUUUGGCUGGUAACUUUUUUGGAAUUGUCUGGGGUAAGAGAGGUGAGACUGCUAUGAGUGUUUUUGUUGCACUUUCUGCUCUUGGUAAUGUCAUGGCUGUCAUUUUCUCUCAAGGGAGAAUUGUCCAGGAGCUUGGUCGUGAAGGUUCCUUGCCAUUUUCAAGAUUUUUUGCUUCCAGUAGACCACUCAACUCACCUCUAGCUGGUCUGUUUGAGCACUGGCUUAUCUGUGUCAUCAUCAUCUUGGCUGUUCCUCCUGGUGAUGCUUACAACUUCUUGGUCAAUUUGAUCUCAUAUCCUUACUCCAUUGUUAAUGCUUUUGUUGCUCUUGCAUUGAUUGUCAUCUACAUUAACAAGAAGAGAUAUCCUGAAUGGAAUCCUCCUAUCAAGGCAUCUCUUCCCGUCACCGUCUUCUUCUUCCUCUCAUCUGUCUAUCUUAUUGCUGCUCCUUACGUUCCUCCUCGUUCUGCUGCUGACAGUGUCUACAAGUCGCUCCCAUACUAUCUGCAUUGUGUUGUCGCUUGGGGUAUUUUCGCAGUGGGUGGUAUUUAUUGGCUUGUUUGGGCACGAAUCAUUCCUCGCAUCAGGGGAUAUACCCUCGACUUUGAGGAGUAUGUUGAUGAUGAUGGCUGGGCCAAAAAGAAGGUCGUUAAAAUUUACAAAUCCGACUAA